AUGUCAAAUGAAAAUAAAGCAAAAUCCUGGAUUUAUCCAUCCAUUCGAACUAUAUCUAUUAUUUUUCUUACAAUUAUCAUAGUUGUUAUUAUUCAAAAUAUUAUAAUCAAUGUAAAAACAGAUAAAUUACUACUUUCAAAUAAAAUGAAUAUUAAAGAUGAUAAAUUUAUUGAUGACACAAUAGCAUUAAGAUCAGCGAUAAAACAAAUGAAUAAACAAAGAAUAUCUAGAACAAAUUCAACAUUUAAUUAUCAAAAUAAAACAUUCGAAACAAUUAUUCAAUGUGUAGGUCCAUUAUACAAUCAAUCAUGUUUAUAUAAAAAUUUAUAUUAUGUCAACAAGACAUUUAUGAUUCUUGCAGUCAAAGGAAGACAAUUACCAAAUUAUUCUGUACGAACAAAUGCUUUUAGUCUCUAUGAUAAAACAAUAAAGAAACGUGAAUUUAAAUCUUAUCCUGAUUUAGAAAAAUUUGUUUUAAAUCUUAUUGAUUUAAAACGAGUUCCAUCUGUAACUUUAUAUUUUGGACAAUUAUGGCAUCAGAAUAUUGGUCAUGCACUUUUCGAUGGACUCUAUCCAGCCUAUGUUGCACUUAUAAGAUUUUCUCCUAGACAUCUUCAACCAUUUCGAAUUCUUACAGAAAUAAGAAAUUGUAAAGAUUGUUGGAGUGAAGAUGUUUAUAGUCGUUUUUCAGGUUUAGGAAUUAUGAAAAUAGCAGUUUUAGAUGAAAUGUCAAAACAAAAAUGGUUUCUAUUCGAUGAAAUUAUAAUGGGUAGUGGAAAAUUAUGUCAACGUUGUGUACAAUCAAAUUUACAAUUACCUGGUGGUGUUGAAUUAGAUGCAUCAAGACUUUUUCGUGAUAGAAUGUAUCAACAACAUGGUCUUAUUCAAUCAACUAUUCGAAAAAAUUCUUCAUCUGAACAUCGAAAAUCUUCUGAUAUUCUUCAAGCAUAUAUUAUUCAUAAUAAACGUUUUACAACUAAUGAUCGAAUAGAAAUUAAUGAUACAAUGAAUGAACUAAAUAAUUAUACGAAUUUUUAUUUAAAUAAAACUAUUAAGAAAAGAAAAUGGCCAUUAAUUCAUGUUACAUAUCUUCAUUAUAAUAAAAUACAAGGUCAAGAUCCAAACUCAUUUCGAAUCAAUGCAACACCAAUUGAUUCUCGAUCACCAAUAUAUGAAUUAAUUGAUAAUAAUUUUAUGACUCAAUUACGUACAGUACGUCAAAUGGAUAUUCAUAUAACUGGACCAGGUACAGGUCAAAUGUAUCAGACAUUUCUAUCCGAUGGAUCCGUUACAAUUAAUGUUGGAGGAUUAAAAUCAAAAAAUAAAUUUACUUCAUAUAUGGAACAACAUAUGACUAGUGGGACACCGUAUAUUAAAGGUCUUUAUUAUCCAAUUAAUAAACGAUCAAAAGGAAUAAAAAAAGAUGAAUUAAUAAAAUUAAUUCGACAAGCAGGACAACUUAUUUUACAAGGUUUUUCAUUACCAGUUAAUCCUCGAGAAAAUCUAGCACUUGAUGGACAAUUAUUUGUUGAAAUGUGUGAAAAAGAUAAGAAAUUUUGUUCGUUAGUAACAGAUAGAUCACCGAAUAAUACUUUUGCAUGUGUUGAUUUUUGGCCAGAAGAUUUUGUACAUGAACAUAAUCAAUGGAAAAAAGGAGGUUAUAUUCGUAAUGGUCGACGUGUUACUUGUCCAUUUAAUCGUUCAUUAUUUUAUGAAUUAAGAGAAAAAUAUGGAAUUAAAUACAAAGAUCCAGUUGAUUAG